AUGAAAGAGAAGUCCAAAAAUGCUGCCCGGACUAGGAGGGAGAAGGAAAACAGCGAAUUUUAUGAACUGGCUAAAUUACUGCCUUUGCCCUCGGCUAUCACCUCGCAGCUGGACAAAGCAUCCAUAAUCAGACUCACGACCAGCUAUCUCAAAAUGAGAGUAGUGUUCCCGGAAGGGCUCGGCGAGGCGUGGGGUCACUCGAGUCGGACCAGCCCCCUGGACAACGUUGGCCGCGAACUGGGCUCCCAUCUGCUCCAGACCUUGGAUGGCUUCAUCUUUGUGGUGGCACCAGAUGGGAAGAUCAUGUACAUCUCGGAGACAGCCUCCGUCCACCUGGGUCUUUCUCAGGUAGAGCUGACGGGGAACAGCAUUUACGAAUACAUCCACCCGGCCGAUCAUGACGAGAUGACGGCCGUGCUCACGGCGCAUCAGCCCUAUCACUCUCACUUCGUCCAGGAGUACGAGAUCGAGCGCUCCUUCUUCCUGAGGAUGAAGUGCGUCUUGGCCAAGAGGAAUGCGGGCCUCACCUGCGGCGGCUACAAGGUCAUUCACUGCAGCGGCUACCUGAAGAUCCGCCAGUACAGUUUGGACAUGUCCCCUUUCGACGGCUGCUACCAGAACGUGGGCCUGGUGGCCGUGGGCCACUCGCUGCCCCCCAGCGCCGUCACGGAGAUCAAGCUGCACAGCAACAUGUUCAUGUUCCGCGCCAGCCUGGACAUGAAGCUCAUCUUCCUGGACUCCAGAGUGGCUGAGCUGACGGGGUACGAACCUCAGGACCUGAUUGAGAAGACUCUGUACCACCACGUGCACGGCUGCGACACCUUCCACCUGCGCUGCGCUCACCACCUGCUGCUGGUGAAGGGGCAGGUGACCACCAAGUACUACAGGUUCCUGGCGAAGCACGGCGGCUGGGUAUGGGUGCAGAGCUACGCGACCAUCGUGCACAACAGCCGCUCGUCCAGGCCACACUGUAUCGUCAGCGUCAACUACGUUCUCACGGACACGGAAUACAAAGGGCUGCAACUCUCUCUGGAUCAGAUCUCAGCCUCCAAACCAGCCUUCUCCUAUGCCAGCAGCUCCACUCCUACCAUGACUGACAGCAGGAAGGGGGCCAAGCCUAGGCUCUCCAGCUCAAAGUCAAAAUCCAGGACUUCCCCAUACCCGCAGUAUUCGGGAUUUCACACGGAAAGAUCGGAAUCUGAUCACGACAGCCAGUGGGGCGGAAGCCCCCUGACGGACGCCGCCUCCCCGCAGCUCCUGGACCCCGCGGACAGGCCGGGCUCCCAGCACGACGCCGCGUGCGCCUACAGGCAGUUCUCCGAGCGCAGCUCUCUCUGCUACGGCUUCGCGCUCGACCAUUCCAGGCUGGUGGAGGAGAGGCAUUUCCACACGCAGGCCUGCGAGGGGGGCCGCUGUGAGGCCGGCAGGUACUUCCUGGGAACGCCGCAGGCCGGGAGGGAGCCCUGGUGGGGCUCUCGCGCAGCCUUGCCCCUGACCAAGGCCUCCCCAGAAAGCAGAGAAGCCUACGAAAACAGCAUGCCUCACAUCGCUUCGGUCCACAGGCUCCACGGGCGAGGUCAUUGGGAUGAAGAUAGUGUGGUCAGUUCUCCAGACCCGGGGUCUGCCAGCGAAUCAGGUGACCGAUACCGCACUGAGCAGUAUCAAAGUAGCCCGCAUGAACCUAGCAAAAUUGAAACUCUGAUCAGAGCCACCCAGCAAAUGAUUAAAGAAGAAGAGAACAGAUUGCAGCUAAGGAAAGCCCACCCAGACCAAUUGGCUUCCAUUAAUGGAGCUGGGAAAAAACACUCCCUCUGUUUUGCAAACUACCAACAGCCCCCACCGACAGGCGAAGUCUGCCACGGCUCUGCUCUUGCCAACACUUCACCAUGUGACCACAUCCAGCAGAGAGAGGGAAAGAUGCUGAGCCCCCAUGAAAAUGACUAUGACAACAGUCCCACCGCACUGUCUCGGAUAAGUAGUCCCAAUUCGGAUCGCAUUUCAAAAUCCAGUUUGAUCCUAGCUAAAGACUAUCUACAUUCGGAUAUGUCUCCUCAUCAGACAGCAGGAGACCAUCCUGCCGUCUCUCCAAACUGCUUUGGCUCUCACCGGCAGUAUUUUGAUAAGCAUGCUUACACAUUAACUGGAUAUGCCCUGGAGCACUUAUAUGACAGUGAAACCAUUAGAAACUAUUCCUUGGGCUGUAAUGGCUCACACUUUGAUGUAACUUCCCAUCUAAGGAUGCAGCCAGACCCAGCGCAAGGACACAAGGGAACAUCUGUUAUAAUAACCAAUGGAAGCUGA